GCUCUAAAGUUUUCUUCAUCUUCUGAAAAUCUCAUUUAAUUUCUUCCUUAGUAAUAUUCUCAUUAUUCAAAGUCAUCAAGACCCCCGAAAUUAUCAAUGGGAAGAUCACCUUGUUGUGAUAAAAAUGGUGUCAAGAAAGGUCCAUGGACCCCUGAGGAAGACAUGAAACUCAUUCAAUACAUUCAAGAGCACGGUGCUUGCAAUUGGCGAUCUCUUCCAAAAAAUGCUUGGCUUCAAAGAUGUGGAAAAAGUUGUCGUCUUCGUUGGACAAAUUAUUUAAGACCUGAUAUCAAGAGAGGAAGAUUUUCAUUUGAGGAAGAAGAAACUAUUAUCCAGCUGCAUAGUGUUCUUGGCAACAAGUGGUCUGCAAUUGCUGCUCAGUUGCCCGGAAGGACAGAUAAUGAAAUCAAGAACUACUGGAACACUCAUAUAAGAAAGAGACUUCUUCGAAAUGGGAUCGAUCCGGUGACUCAUGCUCCACGCCUCGAUCUUUUAGAUCUCUCAUCACUGUUACACUUGCCACAGAUAAAUCUUACGAAUCUACUUCGGCUUCACACCCUAUUAAAUCCAGAAGCCCUAAGGCUGGCAGCUAGUCUUCAGGAAAAUCCUGAACUGCUAUUGACAAAACUCCAGGAAAACCAAUUAUUCAACGCUCAGUUGCAAAACCAGACCCCCAUUUUCCAAACUGACCAAUUUCAAAACACUUUUGAUCCAAACACCCCUCUUUGCAAUCCAUCCACCGAUCUUCCUGUAACUGCUUCAGUUUCCAAUCAGUCUCAUCUCAUACAAGAGAAUAUAGAGAAAAUCUCUAUGAAUUCAGAAAGUUUGAGUGGCAAAACAUUUCAAAACAAUCCAACAACAACAUUUGAAAGUGUCCCUUUUAUGGAAAAUUUCUACAAUGGGGAUUCUUACCAGAUGCAGAAAGAUUUAUCAGAAAACAUAAGAUUUCAGUCCUCGAACAGCGGGAGCAAUAACAGCCAUAAGUUCGGUUUUGAUUCAAUUUUAUCAACGCCUCUAUCGAGCCCAAAUCCUCUAAAUUCAAGCUCAACAUAUGUCAACGGAAACACAGAAGAUGAGAGAGAAAGUUAUUGCAGUAACCUGUUGAAGUUUGAAAUACCAGAGAGUUUAGAUUUUGAUGAUUUCAUGUAAACACUCUCAUAUUUCAUUCCACUUGUUUUUUUAGGAAAUUGUGAUGGCACAAUCUUUUACUUUUGUGUCCAUUCUUUCCAGGUUUUUGGUUUGCUUUGUUAUAUAGGAUCUUUUUGUAACUUUGUUUAAAUAUAUAUGUACAGGUAGUUUAUUGUUUGUAUAUUAAAU